AUGGAAGCCGAGAAAAACGACAGCGCCGACGUUGAAACAGGGCCUUCCACUUCCCACGGUUCCGACGGCGACGAUCCCCUCCGGCAGAGCUCCGAAGUGUUGGCGAGAGGCUUGUCUUCGAUGCUUUCUGCGGUGAUUAGCGAUUUCGAUUGCAGAGCACACCAAACACUCUGGAGCCAGGACAACCUAUUUUCCGUCCUCGAUCGUCUCACCGGAGAACUUGAUCAGUUACUUGAAGAUGCACCUUCUCCAUUCAUAAUGCAGCAUGCUGCCAAGAUUUCUAGUGUUAGGAAAAGAGUUUCGUCCCUGAAUUCACUUCUAAAAUCCAUACAAGGGCGGAUUGAUAAUAUAGAUCGCAUGCUCUCCAUUGGCACUUCUCAUGAGAAAAACAACCACAACCACUGA